GAAAAAAAACUCUCAACGGGGAGUAGUAUAGGCUUCUUAUAGUCUUCUGUCUUCGUCGUUUCCAUAAUCAUUUCAUUUUUCCCUCGAUAAUCCCAACCCCACCCCCCUCUCUCUCUCUCUCUCUCUCUCUCUCUCUCUACUCGUUUGCGCGAAGCUGGCGAAGGAGGCGGAGCCGAGCCCUAGGAAACGCAAGGCCUCCACCACCACCGGCGGCGGCGGCGGAGGAGAAGGGCAGGAACAAGAAGCGAUCGCCGUCGACGACGCGGCGGCGGCAGCGGAGAUGCCGAGCCCUGUCCCUGAGACCGACCCCUCGGCCGCCGCGGCGGAGGGGCCAUCGAGCUCCAACCCUAACCCUAACCCUAGCCCCAGCGCCUCCGUCGACGCCAUGGACGCGUGGCACUGGGACGAGCGCUCCUGCUGCGCCGCCGCCGCCGACGACGACGACGUCACGCAGCCGCAGUUCGCCGCCGAGGCCGCCAGGGUGCCCUACGUCGGCGACAAGGAGCCUCUCUCUGCUUUAGCAGCAGAGUAUCAAUCAGGCAGCCCCAUUUUACAGGAGAAAAUCAAGUUGCUUGGCGAGCAAUAUGCUGCAUUAAGGAGAACCAGGGGAGAUGGGAACUGUUUUUACCGAAGUUUUAUGUUUUCCUACCUGGAGCAUAUUUUGGAGACGCAAGACAAAGCUGAGGUUGAUCGCAUUCUUGUGAAUAUCGAACAAUGCAAGAAGACACUUCAGAGCCUUGGAUAUGCUGACUUUACCUUUGAGGACUUCUUUGCAAUUUUUAUCGAGCAGCUAGAAAGUAUUCUUCAAGGGAAUGAAACUUCAAUCAGUGAGGAGGAGCUCUUGCAGAGGAGCUGUGAUCAAAUGAUUUCUGAUUAUGUGGUAAUGUUCUUCAGAUUUGUCACUUCUGGUGAAAUUCGUAGAAGGGCAGAGUUUUUCGAACCAUUCAUUGCCGGCUUAACACAUUCAACUGUUGAUCAGUUCUGCAAAGCCUCGGUGGAGCCGAUGGGGGAGGAGAGUGACCACAUCCACAUCACUGCUCUGUCAGAUGCCUUAGGUGUGCCGAUCCGGGUGGUGUACCUUGACCGGAGUUCGUGUGACGCGGCCAAUCCGACCGUCAACUACCACGACUUCAUUCCUUCCUCUAACCCUCGAGGUGCCAUAUCUGAGCAACAGGACAGUAUUGAAUCCAGUGCAAGACAACAGACAAAACCCUUCAUAACCUUGCUGUAUCGACCUGGCCAUUAUGAUAUCCUCUAUCCCAAGUGAUCCCUCCAACGCAAAGGUUGUUAUGUUCAUGUGUGCGUGCGCAUGGGUCUGGGUGUGGGUUCUAAAGUUUUGAGGCAAUGCGUCGAAAGUUGAAACUAAUUGGCCGGUCAUUUUGAAUAUUCAUUUUUUUCCUUCCUUUUUUUUUCUUGGAGUCCGAAUCCUUUUUACAAGACGAUGCGUUGUCUCAAGAAAAGAGUCACCCUGAAACAUUAAACUCUGUAUUUGCGCAAACCUCUCUUUGAUAACUGUAACCUUCUUCUAGUCCGUGUUAUUGAGCAUUCACUGUUCCUAACAUGCUUUCCGAUUGAAUUUGCCUCUCAGAUUGCUUA